AUGAACAUCAAUCCAAUUACAAAUGACACUGAGUAUCAGAAAUGCAUCGCCAGUGCUCGUCGAAUUCGAUCGAUAGAUAAAAGUUUUUUUUGUCCAAAUUUUUUUUACGUAUUUCAUGCAGAAUUAGAAAUUAAUCUGAACCAGUAUUUCUCUCAAUCAUCGCGUGAACAAUGGUCACUUGGUUUCACUGAUUAUGAUUUACUUCCGCCAAUGUUUUUUCGUGACGUAGAUCUCAGCACAAACGGUCCGUUUAAAUUAUUUUGGUUUCCACAUGAUAUACUGAAAAUCGUGCACAAUGCCAAGAUCAAAUAUUGUUGUCGGAAUUGUUCUCGCGAAUGGACAACGGCACGUGGACGAGCAGUUUUUCACGCGGAGAGACCACAAAGGAACAAGGUGAAUGUCUUAUUCACGUAUUUAUUUACACAAAAAUGUCGAGAAUGUCUUCAAGAAAUUCAGCCAUGUUGGUAUCUUGAUGAAACAACACGUGUCAUGCGAAAUAUCUGUCGAAUAUUGAAAGACAAUUUCUAUUCCAAUGGACAGUUUUCAUCGCCAGAUUCUUCUUCGGACGAAGACGUAGAAUCAAUGUUAAACGAACAACGUGCAAGUCAUAUGACGAAUUUUCAUCAGAAAAAUUUAUGUUUAGCAUGUCGAGCUGGAUCAUGUUUUGGAUCGAAUUGGGAACAUAAGCGCAGAGGAUAG